AUGGACAACACUAAGGACCCCAACCCUGUGUCCCCCCACCCACCCCCAGCCGAGAAGGCGGUGCUGCAGAGCAAGCUGGACCGGACAGCCCUGACCAAGAAGGAACUGGAAGAAAACUGCCGCAAAGAGGGGUCCACCUUGACUACGGUCACCCAGGUGCAGGAGAGCUGCCAGCAGAACCUGGAGACCCUCAAGGCCUCCUGCAAGGCCACCGAAACCAACCUGGAGCAGCAGAAGAGCGAGUGCAGGAGCCUGAAGUCCGAGAUCAACUACACCUUCCAGCGCAUCAGGGACAAGCUCAACCCCUACAGCUGCAGCUCCGUCCACGAGCAGCUCGACUGGUUGACCCAACAGACGGAGAGGCUUUUCCUCUGGCAGCAGGACCGGGAGACCAACUACGUGACGAAGAAGGUCUGCGAUGUCACCCUCAACCAGUGCCACCUCAACUGCUCCCGGGAGAAGCAGGAGCUGGAGAAGCGGCUGCGGGAGAUGGAGAAGCAGGUGAAGGUGGGGCAGGAGGAGAAGAAGAAGGUGCUGGGGGAGAAGGAGCAGCUGGGCAAGGAGCUGGAGGAGAAGAGCAAGGCGGCCGCGCAGGCCACGUACUUCAGGGACCAGUUCAACAUCUGCAUGAACACCAAGGUGGACACCUUCUUCGACCCCACGGGCUCGCGGGUGCUGGGGGGCAGCGGGCGGAUGGUCCCCUUCCCCAGCACCAGCUCCUACAGCUCCUACGUGGAUGCUCUGAGGAACCAGGGCAUCUUCGGGAACAUGGGGAAAAUCAACACGGAGGAGAUCCAGCGGUCGGUGCAGAAGAUCAUAGAGCAGUACACGUUGGCCAACCUGAAAAACUCCAGGUGAGGUGGGACGGGGGGCCCGGUACGGGACCCCCACUGGUGCUU